AUGGCACAACAAGAAACAACAAAUGAUCUUCUUGUGGAACCUUCUCAUCCACCUCCAGUUGCUUCAAGUCAAACCGAAGUCGACGAAGCAACUUCUAAAAUGAAGAGGAAGGGCAUGAAGCCAAGAUCAGCUGUUUGGGAUCACUUUUCAAAGUUUGUUGAUGGUAGUGGCAUACAAAAAGGCAAUCACAAGGGUGAUGAUAUUGGCAUGACAGUUGAGAGUUGUUUGCUAAAUUGGGGAAUUAAGAGAGUGUUUAUAGUAACUGUUGAUAAUACAAGUUCAAAUGAUGUUGCUAUUGCCUAUUUGAAAAAGAAAAUAGUUGGUUGGGGGUUUAGCAUUUUAAAUUGCAAGUGCCUUCACAUGAGAUGCAUUGCACACAUAAUUAACUUGGUUGUUGUUGAUGGAUUGAAGGAAACUAAUGUUUCAGUGAAAAGGGUUAGGGAAGCAGUGAGAUAUAUUAGGCAAUCUCCUGCUAGGUGGAAUUCUACUUAUUUGAUGUUAAAUGUUGCACAAAAGUUUGAAAAUGCAUUUGAUAGAUAUGCUACUAUAGAUCCAUGCUUUAAAUUUGAUCUUCAGUCAAGUGAUGGUUUGCCAGAUAGUUUGGAUUGGGAAAAUGUUAGGAGACUUGUAGAUUUUUUGGGCCACUUUUAUGAUCUUACCUUGAGAAUAUCAGGAUCUCGAUAUGUCACUUCUAAUAUAUUUUUUAAUGAGAUCAGUUCAGUUGAUUGUUUAUUGCAAGAGUGGCAAGGGAGUAAUGACAUAGAAUUGGCAUGUAUGGGUGAUAGGAUGAAGGUAAAAUUUGAUAAAUAUUGGGGGGACCCUGAUAAGAUGAAUAAAAUAAUUUAUAUUGCAGUGGUGGUUGAUCCUCGAUAUAAGUUGGAAUUUAUGGAAUUUGCUCUUUCAGUUAUGUAUGAGAAAGAAAAGGGUAUGGAAUUGGUAAAGAAAAUUAAAUUGACUGUAUAUGAGUUGUUUGAUGAAUACAAGAAAACAUAUCAAGCUGAACAUGAACGUGGUAGCAAUGUAGCUGGGAAUACAAGUGAAAAUAAUGAAAGUGAAGGAGCAAAAAAGAAAUCACGGUUGAAUUUGGGAGAUCAAUUCUUGAAACAUAAAAUAGAGACUGGAGAAGCUAAUAGCAAGUCUGACUUAGAUUGCUAUUUGAAUGAGGGUAUUAAAGUGGUGGAUGAAAAAGAAGAAUUUGAUAUAUUAAAGUGGUGGCAACUUAAUUCUGGUAGGUUUCCCAUCCUUUCAAUCACGGUAAGAGAUAUAUUGGCAAUGCCUAUAUCUACAGUUGCUUCGGAAUCAGCCUUUGGUACUAGAGGUAGAAAGUCCCAUUGCUGCAAAUCCAUUGAAGAGCAAAUUGCUGACCUUGAAAGGCUUGAAGAGGCAUUUUCACUUUGUGAAAUAAGUAGCAUCAAUGAUAAAACUGUGAACCUGGAUAGUUGA